AUGUCCACGCCUGGCACACCCAACGUAAAGACUCCGGGAGGCAAGCGCCCCACGGUCUACUCCGAUCGGUUCGUGCCGAGCCGGUCGGCGUCCGCGGGCCUGCAAGGAUUCAACCUGCUCGACACCGGGUCUCCGCCCGCGAGCGCUUCGCAUCCGAACUCCGGCGAACGAGAGGAUACCUCCGCGGCGUAUUCGACGCUUCUUCGCUCGGAGAUGCUGGGUGAGAACGGCGCAUCCAUACUGGGCGCAUCGCCCGUCAAUCCAAGUAAGAAGCUGUUCAGGUUCAAGAGCGACGGCGUCUUGUCCGAAGGGAUCAACGCGGCGGAUUCGCCGUAUUCCCUCUCGCCCGUCGGCGGCGACGACGCGCUCAACGGCCGCCACCCGCAGCGCCGGUCGCACCGCAAGAUUGCCCGGUCACCGUUCAAGGUGCUGGACGCCCCGGCGUUGCAGGACGACUUCUACCUCAACCUGGUGGACUGGUCCUCGCACAACGUCCUCGCGGUGGGACUCGGAACGUGCGUGUACCUGUGGAGCGCGUGCACCAGCCGCGUGACCAAGCUCUGCGACCUGGGCCCCGGGGACUCGGUGUGCUCGGUGGGGUGGACGCAGCGGGGCACGUACCUGGCGGUGGGCACCAACAACGGCGAGGUGCAGAUAUGGGACGCGACGCGGUGCAAGAGGAUACGGAGCAUGGGGGGGCACAGGACGAGGGUGGGGACGCUGGCGUGGUCGUCGUCCACGCUGUCGUCGGGCUCGCGGGACAGGAACAUCUUGCAGAGGGACGUUCGAGCCCCCGAGCACUACACCAGCAAGCUCAGCGGGCACAAGUCCGAGGUGUGCGGUUUAAAGUGGAGCUACGACGACAGGGAACUGGCGAGCGGCGGGAACGAUAACCAGCUCUACGUGUGGUCGGCGAACUCGACGCACCCGCUGCUGAGGUAUUCUGACCACACCGCGGCGGUGAAGGCCAUCGCGUGGUCGCCGCAUCAGCACGGCCUAUUGGCGAGCGGCGGCGGCACCGCCGAUCGUUGCAUCCGGUUCUGGAACACCACCACGAACACCCCGCUGAGCUGCAUAGACACCGGCUCGCAGGUGUGCAACCUGGUGUGGAGCAAAAACGUAAACGAGCUCGUCUCCACGCACGGGUACUCGCAGAACCAGAUCAUUGUGUGGAGGUACCCCAACAUGUCCAAGCUCGCGACGCUGACGGGGCACACGCUCAGGGUGCUGUACCUGGCGAUAUCUCCCGACGGACAGACGGUGGUGACGGGCGCCGGAGACGAGACGCUUCGGUUUUGGAACGUGUUCCCGGGGCCGAAGAGCCAGGGGAGCGUGCACGACAACUCGGUGUGGUCCAUGGGACGGACCCACAUACGGUGA